AUGGCCGGUAAGCUCCUAGUAACCACAAUCUCGCGGACGAAACCCAAGUCGAAAGCGCAGCCGAAGGAAAAACCACCGAAGCCUUCCGUCGAACCAACACCUGCCCCCAGUGAAGAAGAAGAGAUUAUCCGAUGUAUAUGCGGAGAAUAUGAAGAGGAGGAAGACAUUGAACGUGAUAUGAUCUGCUGCGAUCGCUGUUCAGCAUGGCAACAUAAUGACUGCAUGGGUCUCACAUUCGCGAAGGGCGAGGAGCCAGACGAGUACUUUUGUGAGAUAUGCAAGCCUGAAAAUCAUAAAGUUCUCCUGGAUAAGAUUGCGCGUGGUGAAAAGCCUUGGGAGGAGGCAGCUGAAAAAAGGCGCAAAGAAGCCGAGGAAAAGAAAGCAUCACGCCGCAGAAAGGGUAAAAAGGGAGGCAGAAGAGGCAGACCCAGUGAGCCCAAACCUGAGCCCAAACCUGAGCCCAAAACCGAGGCGAGCACACCAGCACGUACAGCUGCUUCGUCAACCCCAGCCCCUGCUCCUGCUCCUACUCCCGCUCCCGCUCCCGCUCCUGUUUCUAUUCCUGCUCCUGCUCCUGCUCCUCCAGCGCCUGAGGCUGCUCCGACUUCCCCAGCACCAUCAUCUGUUACACCGGUCACCGAGAAGAAUGGUGCCGUCCCCGAUGCUCAAUCGGCAAGUGCUCAAAAACGCAAGUUUGAUGAACAUCAGGAUGUGUCUACGCCUGAACCUACUGUGGAAGAACUCUCUAAUCCUGCUCGGAAAAGUGCGGCCAGUGCUCUGGUCAGGUUAUUUGUAGAUCAGGUUUCUGAGGCCCGAAGGCGAGGUUCCUUCAGCUUGUCGGAUGGGAAGUCAGCGGAGGAGGUCGCGCGGCAACUCGCUCUCUCAAUUGAGAAUGCAAUGUAUGAGAAUUUCUGCGGAGGAUCUGGAGAGACCACAGAGCAGUAUAAAGCACAAUUGCGGACGAUCUUGUUCAACGUAAAGAAGAAUCCUUCUCUACGGGAUCGUCUGCUCGUAGGUAGUUUACUCCCAGAUACCCUCUCUAAGAUGAGCUCCCAAGACAUGGCAAGUGAAGAACUGCAACAGAAGGACGCCGAAAUCAAGCGCGAAGCCGAAAGGCAGCAUAUUAUCGUGCAAGAACAAGGGCCAAGGAUCAGGCGGACCCAUAAAGGCGAGGAACUGGUUGAAGACGAUAAUCAGAAUGUGCCCAGUGAGCCCGUGUUCUCUGCUGCUCCCCGUCGAAGCUUAGUCGAUGCAGAUGGCAGCCAAAGCCCAGGUCCUCAGCAGUCCGGCGAUGGCGAUAACGUUCGGAAACCUGGUAACCAGCAAGCGUCUGACAGCAAACCCACCGACGGUAUUUCUCACGACCAGCACUUCCCGCCUAGGGCUCACUCCCCUGGCGGCACUGAGCACGAGCAAGUGUUUCCAGAGGUGGCAACCCACAUUCGACAACCACUCCCGACUGGAACGGCUCAGGCCGAUGCAGAGAUCGAUCAGCUUCUAAAGGACGAUGAACCGGAGUCACCGCCCUACUCACCUAAGGAUUAUCAUGACGAAGGAGCUGUUUGGCGUGGCAAGGUCAUCAUGAACCCCAUUGCCGAGUUUUCCUCCUCAGCUAAACAUGUUGGAGGUGCCGACCUCAGUGGGCGAAUCCCCUGGAGUCAGCUUGCGCCUUCGACAUUGCUAGUGGAUGGCAGAAUUGACAUCCAACUGGCCAGCGAGUAUCUCUGCAACUUGCGUUUCAGUACUUCCACAGACGUGUCAGUCAUUUGUAUCAAGAAGCCCGAGUUGCCAAAAGAGCAGGCCGGCUUCGACAAGCUCUUUAACUAUUUCUCGGAUCGCAAGAGAUACGGUGUGGUGGGCAAGCAUCCUCUAGCAGCCGUCAAAGAUACUUAUCUUAUUCCCAUCGAGGCUGGGUCAGUUAAGAAACCCGAGUUCAUUGAACUCUUAGAGAACAAUACCUUGGAGGAUCCAACUCCAGAACGGGUUCUUCUCGUCGUCUUUGCCGUGAAGACCUCUGAAUCGAAUCCCCCCUCGAGCCCGGCGCCACAAAACCAGGCCCCAGUCACGGGUCUUGCAGCUGCCGUUCAGGUGCUGGGUAAUCAGGCUAGCUCCCCAGCUAUUCAACAGCUCUUGCAACAGGCGCCGAACGCGGAUAUUACCCAACUGAGUGUCGUCCGUGAUAUCUUGUUGCGACGGCCGGAGACAGCGCUCAACUACGAAAUAUUGAUGCAGGAAUUGGUCCAGGCUACGACGAAUGGGCAUACUCUACAGCAGAACGCAAAGUAG